AAACUCGUGUCCGAGAGUUUGCCUCUCCCUCUUCACCCGACCGCAGUCCUGAUCAAAGUCCAUGCGGUGGCAUUGAAUUACCGCGAUGCAAAUAUCGCAAAUGGCGGCAAUCCCUGGCCAGUGAUACCCAAUGGCAUCCCUGGAAAUGACGCUGCAGGAGAGAUUAUCGCGGUAGGCGACCGGGUCUCCCUCGUGGGUAUUGGUGACCGAGUAGCUCCCAUUACGGACUCUGAAUUCGUCACUGCUCGCUCGACCGGAAGGUCGUGGCUUGCAGCAAAUGAAGACGGGACCUUGGCGACCCAUCUCGUGUUCGACGAAAAGCUCGUAACGAAGCUCCCUGCGCAUCUAAACUGGAUACAAGCAAGUAUCAUUCCGUGUGCAGGCACAACGGCUUGGUCGGCGAUCAAAGGGGCUACGGUUGGCCAGACCGUCCUAAUUCAAGGAACUGGUGGGGUCGCCACUUUUGCACUGAAGCUGGCGAGGGUAGCCGGACUGAAGGUGAUCCUGACUUCGUCGAGCGAUGAGAAGCUCAAUGCGAUCCAGAAACGGUUUGGAAAGCCAGAGAUACAGACAAUUAACUACAAGACCCACCCGGACUGGCACGUAGAAGUCCUCAAGCUCACUAAUGACACCGGUGUUGAUCUGGUAGUCGAGAACGGCGGGAGUAGCUCGCUGGUGCAGAGUAUGCAAUGUACUCGGCGGGGCGGUAUUGUCAGCCAGGUGGGAUACCUUGGCGGUUCGAAGCCUGAAGAGCUGAAAGAAUUUAUCCCUACGAUCAUUGACCGCCGACUGAACGUCAGGGGGAUCAAUGCAGGGUCUAAAGACGACCAAGAUGAACUCAUGGCCGCCAUAUCGGCGACUGAAAUGACGUUUGAUGAUAUUAUUGACUCCGUUUGGCCAUUUGAAAAAUCAGAUGAGGCGAUUGAGUUUCUUUGGCAGGGGAAGCAAGUUGGCAAAGUUGUCUUGGAUUUGGGCUCGUGA